AUGGUACUUACACGUGUUAUUUUGAGGCCUAAGAAGUUUGGUGGGGAAACAGAAGCUGCUGAAAAUGGUAUUCUGUUACAAGUAGGCAGCCCAACGUUCGUGAAGAUAAUUAAGCAAAAGGCAGUGCAAGAGUUCAAGCCUGACCCUUAUAUAGCAACUGUGCUGAAUUGCGCAAUGUGGUCCUUCUAUGGCCUCCCUAUCAUUAAAGAAGACAGCAUUCUUGUCACCACAAUUAACUCUAUUGGUUUACUUAUAGAGAUCAUCUACGUUUCCAUCUUCUUCAUCUUCUCUCCUAUCAACAAACAAAGAAAGAUCGCCAUUGCACUAACUGUAGAAGUAAUAUUUGUGGUGGCGGUUAUCGUGGUCUCCAUGAUGGCAUUCAGUUCUCCAAAGAAAAGAGCCAUGUUUGUUGGGAUAUUGUGUAUCAUCCUCAAUGUAAUUAUGUACGCUUCUCAAUUGACUGUCAUGGUACGUUUCUCUGUUUGCACUGCAUAUGUAAUUUACUUUGAUCUUUGUUUUAUUUAUUUAUUUAUGUUGCAGAGGAUGGUCAUCAAGACAAAGAGCGUCAAGUACAUGCCAUUUUUCCUGUCCCUUGCUAACUCGUGUAAUGGAAUAGUUUGGGUGAUUUACGCACUGCUUAAAUUCGAUGUUAAUGUUGUGGUUCCCAAUGGUUUGGGAGCUAUAUCGGGAUUGAUUCAGAUCAUACUCUACGCAAAAUACUACAAGACUACUCGGUGGGACAAUGAAGAAGAUAAUUCCAAAGAAAAACCUGAGGUUCAACUCUACUCCACAGUUUGAACUCAAUUGUGUAGUUAUCAUUCAAUUGCUGCAGGUAUCAUCCGCCCAGAACAUCAAAAUCUGUACCAGUAUUGUAAAUGUUUUAACUUCAAAUUACAUUUGCUUUACCAUAAGAAAGAAAAUGGAAAGUCGAAUUGCUGGAUGUGUUUCUUAUUUCAUUUGUAACUGCAGAUCUU